CGGACGGACAGACAGCGGACCAGCCGUCCACAGCGCCCCGUCUCCGGCUGCAGCAGCUCGACGCUCCGGACUUUACGCAGCAGAGGAAGCGCCGUGGAGCGGAUCUGGAGCAGCCGGGCGGAAGUUUACGCUUUGGAUCUGCGCUGUUUUCGGCUCCGGAGUUUCGGUUCGCUGCUGUUGGAUCUCAGAACAAACGGAAAAUGCGGCUCAUGAGGCGUAAAUCCGAGUAGCAGACAAGUCCGACGGCUCCGGAGCUGCGCGUUCGUGCUCGCGCUCCGCUGAGUGAGUGAUGAUUGAUGUGGAAAUGUCAGCUCCAUCAGCCGCGGGGAAAGUAAGAAACCACCUGUUGUGAAAGUUUCCUGGAGCUGCUCACGGAUAAACCCGAGCUGCUAAAAACAGGGAGCCGGACGGAGCCGAGCCAGAGGCGCGCAGGGAAGGAAUGCGGCUUUUACGCACGGAGCAGCCGCAGUUCCCGAGAAGAGGCUCCCGUCUGACGAGCGCUGACCCCCGCCGCUGCCGCCGCCGCCGCCGCGUCCCCGGGCCCCGCGUCCGCUGUCUGCAGUGAGCAUGUUGCCAUGGUGCCCCGGGCUCAGGUGAGCAGCGCCGCGGAGCUCCGGUCGGGAUGGCUCGGGAGGACGCGGUGAGGUGCCUGCGCUGCCUGCUGUACGCGCUCAACCUGCUGUUCUGGCUGAUGUCAGCUUGUGUGCUGGGAGUGGCGGCCUGGAUCCGAGACUCCCUGAACACCGUGCUCACCCUGACCGCCCACACCAGGUUGGAGGAAGCUGCCGUCCUCACGUAUUCUCCGGCCGUCCAUCCCGUCAUCAUCGCCGUGUGCUGCUUCCUCAUCAUCGUUGCCAUGGUGGGAUACUGCGGCACGCUCAGGUGCAACCUGCUGCUGCUGUCCUGGUACUUCGGCAGCCUGCUGGUGAUCUUCUGCGUGGAGCUGGCCAGCGCCGUGUGGACCUACGAGGAGCCGUCGGUGCAGCGCUCUGAUAUGAUCAGUCUGAAGUCUCGGAUGCCGAACUACGGCCUGCAGAGGUACCAGUGGCUGACACACACCUGGAACAGCUUCCAGACGGAGUUUAAAUGCUGCGGCGUGAUCUACUUCACCGACUGGCUGGAGAUGACGGAGAUGGAGUGGCCGCCGGACUCCUGCUGCUCCAAUCAGUAUCCAGGAUGCGCCCGCCACGCCCACUUCCACGACCUCAGCGACCUGCACCAAGAGGGCUGCGGUCCGAAGAUCUACAGCUUCAUCCGUGGGACGAAGCAGCUGCAGGUUCUGCGGUUCCUCGGCGUGUCCAUCGGCGUGGCUCAGAUCCUCGCCAUGGCGCUCACCCUCACGCUGCUCUGGGCGCUCUAUUACGGUCGGAAGUCUCCGGAUCUGGACCCGCCGCCGCCAGAUGACCUCACCGUCGUCACGGCGACACACGGAGCCUCAGCCGAGGCGUCGAAGUCGGGCUGCGGCCGGACGAGUAAAGGAUGCACCAACGUGGCCUCCAAACCGAAGGAGUUUGAGAUGGAGCGACUUCACGCUGCAGCCUGAAGGAAGAACCGGUCGGUUCUGCUGGUUCAGUCCAACAUCAGCAACAAACACACCGAACUCGCUGAGUAGAUAUCUGAGUGUGUGGACGUCUGUUUCACCUCCACCAACUAAUAAACUGCUUCAGAUAAUAGAACCAGGGAUCAGAGGUCAGGGUGAAGAAUCAUCAGAACAUCUUCUCACUGAUCGGCACCGAUUUGAACCCAAACCUGUCAAACAGGUGUGGAUCAGAGAGAACAGAACUCAUGGCAGGGACUCUAAAUUUUCAUAACUCUUGUUAUCAUCGGCAGCAUCAUCAAUCAAUUAUUGAUUAACUGACAGUUGUCCUGUCAACUAAAGUGAUCGAGCUUCAGUUAAACACUGGAAUCCUUCAGGUGAAACUAGAACCUCAGAGGACCGAGGACGGAGCUCUGUGGAACGCCUCAGGUUUUAGUGUGAUGAUAAACCAGGUGGAGGUGUUUCCAGAUCUCGUCACAUGUCAGAUAUUUAAGCGAUGAGUUUAGUGUUUGUGUUCCUGAUGGACUAAACGUCAGCAGAACCGGAGUCAGAACCACUGCAGGUCUGAAGGUACGAAGAGAAAAGGCUGUUUUUGUCAAACAUCCUGAACUCUGAAGAGAACCCGGAUGAUUGUGGCACUAAAGGAAACAACCACUGACGUUCUGGUGUUCGGGUUUCUCACCACUGAGGAGACGAAGCAGCUCGAGUGUUCGAGUCUGUUCCAGUCGGGACGUUGUUAAUGAAGCUAUUUAAAAACUGUCGACCAAAGUGCUUCACAGAGAUGAUCAAGCGUCACAUGACCACGCAGCAGGAGCGUGUACUGUACAUGAGAACGUAGCAUGGAGUUGGAUAUUUAAUGUUUGUCUCACAGUUAUCGGAGCUUUGAUUCAUGUCACUGGAAUAAAAACUAAAGCUCAAAGUU